AUGUGCAUCCCCAAGUCGAAUCACAAGAAGCUCGUAGACGACUGCUACCCUGCUCCCAAGGCGCUUCUCACCUCGGCCCCGGACUAUCGUCCCAACUCGAACGAGCUCGGCCGCCUCACCUACUAUGCCGAGAACAAACCCGCCAAGCUCGCCAAGGUUGGCGCCUUCCUCGAUGCCAAAGCCCAGGCCGAUGCAAGGGCAGCCAAGGGCUCUGGCGCUGCCGCGGACAAGGGCAAGGCCGGCUUGAUGAUCACCCUCGCCAUCACAAAGAACCUCCUCACCGAGUGCAAGUCGUCGUACAACUACUUUAUCAAGCCCGCUCAGUCCAUCAUCACCGCCGGUCUCGACGCCGCCCAACCCACCCAAGGCCGCCCACGCGAUCUCGAAAUCAGCGCUCGUGCUGCCAGCACCUUCUACGCCCUCGCCUCCUUCCUUGACCCUGCCACCGUUUCGGUCGACGACAGCUUCCAGCGCAUCCUCCAGUCCUUUGCCGCCCUGUCCGUCGAGCGUCCCGGCGGCUCCAACGGUGAAGACGCCGAACAGCGCAACCGCACCCGUCUCAUUGGUCUCGGCGCCCUCGCUGGAGCCGUCGGGUCCGAUGCCACCUACGCGUCCAACUCGACCAAGUACAUCUCCCUCAUCACCCCUGCCCUCGUCGAGAAUGCAAAGGGCAACCGCGUCACCCUCGACUGGCUUCGCAGCGAAUCCAAAAAGGCCACCGAAGGCGAACCCAGCUACGCCGAAUUCAACAUUUCCAAGAAGCCCCUCGCCAUCCGUCGUACGCGCUCCAUUUCGGCGCACGUCGCCGGAGAGAAGGGCCCUUCAGCGGAAGAUGUCGUUUCGGCUGCGAUCGGCACCUUGCGAGGUCUCCUCCGCCAUGCCGACGCUGGACAGGUUCAGGUCAUCGUGCAGCACGUCAUUGCUUGGCUCGACGGCAAAUCGGUGCUGCCCAUUCCUGCCGCCGCCGAUGGUCGUCAGGCCGUCUCGCAAUGGGAGAACACCGAGUGGUGCUGCUGGCUGGCAGAGUCGCUCUGCGGCUGGACCCCGCUUCAGUACCGCUUCGUCGUCCUCGAUACCUUUGUCGACCACCUCGCUGAGAACUGCGAGGGCAAGGCCACCACCAAGCACCUCUCCCUCAUCUCCAUGUCACGUACCAUCCUCACCGGCCAGCUCAGCCUGAUCGGCCUCAGCACCUCCGACACGCUCAGCAACCUCUGUGCACUCGCCGUGCGCAGAGUCUACAAAGAUACCCGCGACAGCCUCCUCCCGCCCCUCGUUGACUGCAUCAGCGGUCUCGGCACGCACGUCUACUACGCCGACCAGAUCAACGAUAUCGUCGAGGAGAUCGCCGGACGGAUCUCUGCCCUUCAAAUGCCCGAAACCGCCUCGGAAGCUGCUUCCGUCAAGGCAAACAACCUCGGUGCCGUCCACCGCGGUCAGCAGCAAGACCUCAACAGCCACCUCCACGCCCACCGUCUCGCCAGUGCAGGCCCCGAGCAACGGGACGAGAGCAUCCGUGUUCUUCUCUUCUGUCUGCAGGGCGUUCUGCGAGCCACUCAUCAGUCUAGCGGCGAGAUCCACCAGGCUGUUGAUGUCAAGCCCAACGGCGACCGCAGCGCGAGCGCGAAGCAAGCCGAUGGCUCCAAGGGCAAGGCCUCGACUUCGCCAAACGACAGCAAGAUUGGGCUGGCCCACGCUGGCACGCGGAAUCGCGUCGCCCCCUCGUCGAUCCUGCCCACUGCCGGCCUGCUUACCUCGCCCAACCACGCGGUGCGUCUUGCCUACGCUCAGACGCUCAUCACGCUCUUCCGGGACGAGUUCGACCGCGAGCAGCUCGAGCGCGAGAGCGCCGUCUUUGCUGCUGCUCCCAUCGGCGAGAGGGUGAGCGACCACAUCGGCGUCAUCCAUGCACUCGGUGCUGCCGUCCACGUCUUGUGCUUGAGCAAGAGCCUCUCGCCGCCUCCUCUGCUGCUUCAAAACCUGCGCGAAUCGCCUCUGGAGCUGUUGCCGCAGUUGGAUCGAAUCAACGCGGAUCCUGGCCGACCUGGCUCGCUACAAAGCGAUGGCUCCGGUGCCGCUGCUGGCGAGUCGACCGCAGCUCUUCCCGUCGACUACGUUGCCGUCGCCCAAGCGUUUGAGCAACUCGUCGUCGCCCUUCCAUGCAGUGCCACGCUGGCUCUGACGCCCAUGCUGCUCGCUCUUGACAAAGACGCCGGCAGUCGCUUGACGGUCAACGGCGCCGCUGCCAACACCGGCCUCGAGAACCAGCGCCGCAUCUCAUCGCGCAUGGUGGUCGCUCGUGUGCUGGCCAAGAUCGGCGAGACCUUCGACGUCAGCGCGGUCGCCAAGGCAGCGCAGAGCGUGCUGUCCCAGGUGCCUUCGCUCGGCAUCGAGCCAGGGCCGUCGCCCGUGGGUGGGUUGACGCUGCCCCCUGAGGUGGUGCCCUUCUCGGCUGUCGGCAGCAUCAACGAUCUCGGCGAGUCGAGCAGCAGCAGUUCCCCUUCGAUCAGCGCCAGCUCGGUGAUCAGCAGCCUCGUCUCGAGCACCAAGCUGCAGUCGGCCACGCAGCUCGACUCGGUCGUGCUCAAGCGCUUCUUGGAGCGCGACUGGAACGUCAACAUUGCCGUCGACGAAGCCUUCAACGGUUCCAGCCCAUACGCGCACGGUUCGAUGGCGCCUCCUUCGCAGCAGCCCUCGCGCCGACCUUCGUACACGCCGGCCAACGGCCUCGGCGGCGGCAGCGGCGGUCUGCUCGUCAACGGCAGCAACGCGUCGUCGGCGUCGAUCAACCGAAACAGCCGGAUGAGCAUGCAGGUGCCUUCGACAGGUGUUCGCGAUCUGCGCGAGGCGUUGGGCAUCGCUCCGUCCGCCAACGGCCACAGUCAAGACUCCGACUUUGACGGUCGUCGUGCCAGCCGAAGGGAAUCGCGUCGUGGCCCCGCCGUGGGCAGUGCUAACGGCAGCAACGGCAAGAGCGCGGUCGCGAUCUUGGACACGCUCAAGGUUGGCAUGGACGAAGAUGCCACCGGUCUGGGGCCUGAUAGCUCUCUGACUACAAGCUCGUCGGGCAAGGGCGGGGCUGCGCCUGUCUCGCCCAUCAACCCGCCAUACGCUUCGUAG